UUCGAUGGUUGAACAAUCUGAGUGCAAAAAGUACUUGAAGACAAUUGCAAUUUUAAAACCAUAGUAGUGGUGUCUAUUUCACGAAUUGUAAUUGGAAUAAACAAAGCUUACCUUGGAUGUAACGUUCUGUUGUCAAAAUCUCUUUCACACCUACUUUUUAAACUUCAUUUGGAUACUUAGAUGUUUAAUAAAAAUUUCAUUUGAAAUUGUGUGCGAUAACUACAGCAAUCGGCAUGAUGGAGUGGCUGCCAUUUCUAUUAUUAUUAUUACAUUUGUGUAGCAAAGGUGUUGCAUUGAAUGAAUGUAAGGAUGUAAAUGUUGUAAAGGUGGGGCUCACCGUUGUUUGUUUUACCACUCGGUAAGUGAUUACGGCAUAGAUGGCUGUAUUGAUGGGUAUUUUAGCAGCCGUUGCGCAUACGCUUGUUAUAACUUCUGUCAAUCGUGUACAUCAUAUACCAACUGCACCGCCUGCCAAUCUGGAAGGUAUGGAUCAACCUGUCAACACGAUUGUGGACUUGGUUGUCAAAAUCAUCAAUGUAACAUUAAUAGUGCGAGUUGCACAUGUUUAUCAAAUUUUCAAGGUAAUAAAUGUGAUCAAUGUGUAAACGGUAAAUACGGUGAUAGAUGUGACACAAACUGUUCCGCAGGUUGCAUAAAUAAAUCAUGUGACAUAAAUGGUAACUGUUAUAAUUGCAAGCCUGGGUUUACUGGAAAUAUGUGUACUCAGUGUGAGUAUGGUAAAUAUGGAACUGAUUGUAACAUUCGAUGUCCACUUGGUUGCAGCAAUGACACUUGUAAAAAUACUGGAGAUUGUUAUGGUUGUAGGCCCGGGUUUACUGGAAAUAUAUGUGAUCAGUGUGAGUAUGGUAAAUAUGGAACUGAUUGUAACAUUCCAUGUCCAUCUGGCUGCAAUGGCACUUGUAAAGAUUAUGGUGAUUGUCACAAUUGCAAGGCUGGAUUCACUAGAAGUAAAUGUGAUGAAUGUGUCGACGGUAAGUAUGGAAUCAACUGUGAACAUGAUUGUCCAAAUACCUGUGCGUUCGCAACUUGUGAUAGCACAACCGGGGUGUGUAAUGAUGGCUGUAGAAUUAACUAUUACGGUGAGCAGUGUAACAUGACGUGUGCAACGACAUGCUUACCAGAUGACGAAGGUAGAAGGUGUUUUCAUACGAAUGGAAGUUGCGUUAAAGACUGUCAAAACGGAUACCAUGGUGAUACGUGUCAAGACCGUUGCAGUGAAAACUGCAUUAAUAUUAUCUGUAUAAGAGCAAAUGGUGCAUGUAAACUCGACUGUGUUGGAGACUUUGAAGGAAAUGAUUGCACGAAACCUAUCUCAGAGAUCAUAUCCGAUUGUGAUAACACGGCAGAUUCUUCGAAUGUCGGUCCAUUCAUUGGAGUUGGAGUUGGAUCUGUGGCAGUUACUCUUGUUGCUGUUGGGAUAUUCAUUAUAAUACGACGACACCUAAGACAUCGGCAUAUAAGACAGCGCAAACCAGAAGACGCACAUGAGUUAACAGAUAACAUACACGAUAACUUCAAAACAACCCCUGCCUUGCCGAAUGUACAAACAAAUACAAAUGCUGGCUAUGAAAAUACAUUAUUUCCAGUAUAUGAAGAAUUGAAAGAGGGUAACAAAGAAUCAAGUACGUAUGACAGUAUUGAUGAUACCAGCACCAGUUAGACAGAUCACAUUUUUGUUGCUUAUAAUAAUUAGACAUGUUUGUCACUUUUGUGUACAUAAGCAGAAAUCAAUACCUGCAUGAUACCAGAAAAGAAUCUCUCAGAUAUCAUGUUUACUCCCUGAUCAUGUGCAUAUGAUACUAUUGCAACAAAGUAUUCCUAUUAAAUUGACAAUGAAUAAUGUGUGAUAAAUGUUAGAACCGACAGAAUUCUAAAUGUCGCACCAAACUCAUGAAAUUGUAAAAUGUUUUAUUAUUGUAUUCCUGUUAAUUUUUUCUUAUCUUUGUGACUAAUCUUGAUAUUCGUGUUAUCAGAUGUUUCGCUUUCUGCUUUUUUCACGCUCUUACAAUCUUACAAUCAUCAAAGAAAUUAUGCCAUUAAAUCUGUUAUUAUUUAAUGAUUCCUUUCCUGUCUAUGUAUAUAUGUAAUUAUGUUUAUUAUAUUGUACAAAAAUGUG